ACCCGUAGCAUACAAGGCGCCAGUGAGCCAGCGAGAGAGCAGCCGGUGCCCAUUGAUUCUCCCAUCUGCCCCAGCAGCAGCUUAUCCAGGAAGGCAGCAGCGCCAAGAACCAGCAACAAAACCCAGGCAAGCGUCGGAGAAGAGAGAACCUAUUCUCCCCCCACUCCCACUCCUCGCCUCACUUGGAGAGCCGGUCAUUCCAUCCAUCCGCGCGCACAAUGUUUCAAGGGUGCGGCCUGUUUGCGUGCGUGAGCCGGCGCGGCGCGGACGUCAGGAAGCGGGGCGAGGCGGGCGCGGCCAGCUCGCGGGUCGCGGCGGAGCCGGCGGUGUGGGAGGAGGAGGAGGAGGCCGGCGGCGCCGCCAGGCGGAUGGCGUGGGCGGAGGUGGAGUCCGCCACGGGGGCCUUCUCGUCCCGGGUCAUCGGCCACGGCGGCUUCAGCACCGUCUACCUCGCCUCGCUCUCCUCCGCCCGCCUCGCCGCCGUCAAGGUGCACUGCAGCAGCGAGCGCCUCCACCGCGCCUUCCGCCAGGAGCUCGACGUGCUGCUCUCCCUCCGCCACCCGCACAUCGUCCGCCUGCUCGGCUACUGCGACGAGCGCGACGAGGGCGUGCUGGUCUUCGAGUACGCCCCCAACGGCGACCUCCACCAGAGGCUCCACGGCGGCGAGGACGCCGCGGCGCCGCUGCCGUGGUCGCGCCGCGUGGCGAUUGCGUUCCAGGUGGCCACGGCGCUGGAGUACCUCCACGAGGGCAGCGGUCCGGCGGUCGUCCACGGGGACAUCAAGGCGUCCAACGUCCUCCUCGACGGUAACAUGGACGCCAAGCUAUGCGACUUCGGCUUCGCGCACUCCGGCGUCUCCGCCACGGCGGGCCGCGGCAGGUCGUCUGGGCGCGCCAUCAUGGGCUCCCCGGGCUACGUCGACCCCCAGCUCCUCCGCACCGGCGUGGCCAACGAGCAGAGCGACGUGUACAGCUUCGGCGUGCUGCUGCUCGAGCUGGUGACCGGGAGGGAGGCCGUGUGCCGCGAGACCGGACGCCGUCUUACCGCGGUGGUGUGCCCCACGAUCAGCAAGGGGAACGUGGCCGAUGCGGUGGACCGGAGUCUUGCCGGCAAGUACAGCGCCGACGAGGCGGCCGUCGUCGCGGAGCUCGCGAUGCGGUGCGUCAGCGAUGCCCCCGGGCUCAGGCCGUCCAUGGCGGACGUGGUGCACGUGCUCCAGGAGAAGACCACCGCGUUGAUCUCGGCCGUCGGACCCAGAUUGGACCGCAGGAUCAUGUUCUAGCCUGCCUGGCUCAUGGCUGGUGCUGUUGAUUGUGAUUUGUGAAUAGUGAUUAGUAAUGUUAGGGCAGGUAGAAGAAUGAAUGUCGCUGCAGUGUGAGUACUCAGAUUAGCUUAAGCCUUGGGAUUAGGUAGAAAUUUUUGUGAUGUCAUGGCACAGGCUCCUACUAUAUUGUAGCACCAGUGGUAUGACAAUGGCAGUGGUAGUUCAGUGGUCUAAUUCUGGCGCGUAUCAGGUCCAAUGAACGGGUAAUUUUAUAUUGGGCCUAUCUGCUUUUUGAGGCACUUUGUUUUA